GGGGCGGGAGCCGGCGCCGUGGGCCGAGAUGCACCGGCGCGGGGUGGGCGCCGGCGCCAUCGCCAAGAAGAAGCUGGCCGAGGCCAAGUAUAAAGAGCGGGGCACUGUUCUGGCAGAGGACCAGCUGGCCCAGAUGUCGAAGCAGCUGGACAUGUUCAAGACCAACCUGGAGGAGUUUGCCAGCAAGCACAAGCAGGAGAUCCGGAAGAACCCCCAGUUCCGGGUGCAGUUCCAAGAUAUGUGUGCCACCAUUGGGGUGGAUCCCUUAGCCUCCGGGAAAGCCUUCUGGUCAGAGAUGCUGGGCGUGGGCGACUUCUAUUACGAGCUCGGCGUCCAGAUCAUCGAAGUGUGCCUGGCCCUGAAACACCGCAAUGGGGGCCUGAUCACCCUGGAGGAGUUGCAGCAGCAGGUGCUGAAGGGGCGGGGCAAACUGGCCCAGGACGUCAGCCAGGAUGACCUGAUCCGGGCCAUCAAGAAGCUGAAGGCCCUCGGCACCGGGUUCAGCAUCAUCCCGGUCGGGGGCACCUACCUGGUCCAGUCGGUCCCGGCCGAGCUGAGCAUGGAUCACACGGUGGUGCUGCAGCUGGCCGAGAAACGCGGCUGUGUGACGGUCAGCGAGAUCAGGACGUGCCUCAAGUGGGAGACGGAACGGGCGCAGCAGGUGCUGGACCACUUGCUAAAGGAAGGCCUGGCCUGGCUCGAUCUGCAAGGUCCGGGAGAGGCCGAGUACUGGCUGCCGGCCCUCUUCGCUGACCUCUACUCUCAGGACAUCACAGCUGAGGAAGCCAAGGAGGCCCUGCCCUGACCCCCCGCCCCCUGCCCCAGGUUUGUGGGGAGGGGAGCGGGCCGCUCCAGGGAGCUGUUACAAUAAACUCUUUUGUAAGACAGACACCCUCCUGCUCCGUGGUGUGUCUGCCAUUUGGCGGUGGAAAAAAACGCUACUGCCUGGCCGGCCUUUGCCUUCCCUUUCUGGCCUGGCCCCUUUUUCCACCCGCUGACACACACGGUCCCUGUAAUUAGUAUGAAAAGGGCUACCCCUACAUUGGCUCUCAAAACAGGGCUGGUCAGGACAUGCUCUCGACCUGAGCGGCCUCCCUGCCCUGCCGGCCGCAGAACACCCUCACUUGCCACGGACCGGCAGCCCGAGCCUGACGCCCCGAGGGGUGUCGUGACAACUGGGAAAACCCGUCUCGGGGCC